CUCAGUUUGAAGUGACAACUGCUUGAAGUGAUCAGUAAAAUAUAAAUUUUAUAUGAAAAUGGUGAAAUUUACUUUCAACUCGAAAAUCCAAGGAAAACUUAUUUGGUUCUUUGGUAAAGGAGAUGAAAUAGCACUUUAUACAUCAAGAUACUCAGCUGGGCGUUCUGAUAUGACAAGAUAUAAUAAUGUGAGAAUUUUCUUGGAACGCGCACUAAGCAUGCAUAAUUUAACCUCAACAGUUCAUUACUAUGGAUCUCGAGUAAGUGGAACAUCUGUUGGAAGAUCCGAUAUUGAUUUCUUUGUCGAAAUUGGAGACAAUUUUUGUACACCAAACAGUCAAGAAGAUGCAGCAAAAGUAUUAAGAAAAAUUAAAAAUGCAAUUGAUAAGUCUAAUGAUUUUAAAGUCACAAUCUUUCUACCAAAGGCGACUGUUCCUCUAUUGAGAGUUGUUUAUUUAAGAACCGACUUUGAAUGUGAUGUGGUUGCAAGUAGUGGACUGAGUGUUAGACUUUGUCAUAUUAUCAAUCAUUUAAAUUCUCUUCAGCCUCAAAUCAUCCCACUUUUCCAUUACAUAAGAAUUUGGAUACACUUAUGUGGGAUCAACAUGAAGCGAUAUGUUCAGUUUCUGUUGAUUUUUUUCUAUCUUCAACAAAACAGCUAUAUGCCGACCAUACAAAACAUUCAAAAAGGGUUGUCGAAAGAAUUUAUUGGUGAUUGGGAAGUGCAGUUUAAUCGAACUCGAACAUUGAAUUCUUAUGGCUUGAAGAAAAUGGUUAGAUAUGCGAAUCAUAUCGUUGGAUAUUUUAGAUUCUAUUCGAAAAUAAAUUUCGAAGAGUUUGUUUUAUCCAUUUAUGAAGGAAAAUGCAUUAAACGCUCAGAAUAUAACAAGUACGACAGUUACAAAAUUAAUAAGCCAUUGUGCAUUGCAGGACCACUCGAUCUUGGCUUCAACAGUGGUCAAACGGUUUCAAAAGCUGCCAUGCAAAAGUUUCCAGGAAUGUGCCAAUCAUCAAUUGAUUUUUUGGUCCAAAGAGGAUGGAAUUAAAAAUAUUUUCUGAUUUAGCAUUCAAAGUUUAUUAUUAAACGAAAUUGAAGAGCAUCAAACCCU